UUCUCUUUUUUUUUCAUCACUUUGAGCAAAUUUCCAUGGCGAGCUUAAGCUUCAACACCACCACUUCUUCUUCGAGACUCAGAACAACCCCAAAGAUUCAACUCCAAAAACCCAUUUCCAACUUCAAAAUCCCAUCUCUUUUCUCCCCCAAAAUCUGGCCAAAACUCCGUCAUUUUCGGUCCAAUUCCGUCUCAGAAAGCUCGGUUUCCCAGGAAAAACAACUGGAAAACGAUGAAGAAGAAGAAGAUGAAAAUGAGCCAACAGUGGAAUCGUGUUAUUUUGAUCCGGAAACAGACCCGAAUGAGGUUUCGGAGUGGGAACUGGAUUUCUGCUCGAGACCCAUAAUUGAUAUAAGAGGGAAGAAGGUUUGGGAGCUGGUGGUUUGCGACGAAUCUCUGUCUCUCCAGUACACCAAGUACUUUCCCAACAAUGUCAUCAACAGUGUCACUUUGAAGGAUGCCAUUCUCGGGAUUAGUGAGGACUUGGGCAUUCCUUUGCCUGAAAAAAUUCGCUUCUUCAGGUCACAGAUGCAGACGAUUAUAACAAAAGCCUGUAACGAGCUUGGUAUAAAACCUGUUCCUAGUAAAAGGUGUUUAUCAUUGCUUUUGUGGUUGGACGAGCGAUAUGAGACAGUUUAUACGCGUCAUCCUGGUUUCCAGAAAGGAGCUAAGCAACUUCUUGGAUUGGAUAAUCCUUUCCCAAUGGAACUUCCUGAUAAUCUUUUUGGGGAGAAAUGGGCCUUUGUUCAGUUACCUUUGUCAGCCGUUCGAGAGGAGAUGUCAUCCUUGGAAACAAGACGUGUGUUUGGUGCAAGUCUAGAUUUAGAUUUGUUGGGGAUUGAAAUAGAUGACAGUACAUUGAUCCCAGGGCUGGCUGUUGCUUCUUCACGUGCUAAACCAUUAGCAGCUUGGAUGAAUGGCCUAGAAGUGUGCUCAAUAGAAGCAGAUGUUUCCCGGGCGUGCUUGAUACUCUCGGUCGGGAUUUCAACCCGGUAUGUGUAUGCUACCUACAAGAAAACUCCAGUGACUACAAAUGAAGCCGAAGCGUGGGAAGCAGCCAAGAAGGCUUGCAGAGGCUUACAUUUCCUUGCCAUCCAAGAGGACUUGGAUUCAGAUGAUGUUGUUGGGUUGUGGCUUCUACUAGACUUGCCACCUCCACCUGUAUAACUUUACAUUCUUUAUACUUGAAAUGAAAAGCUUUAUCACGAUACAUUUGUUUCAACAAUAUUGUUUAUGCCUCCUGGUUGCUCAAAUGGAUUCAAG